UUCCAUUCUACAUACUCGCGCAAAUAGUUGGCGCGUUUCUUUCUACCGGGAUGAUUUAUCUUUGUUACUAUUCUACAAUUCAUCAUUUUACUGGAGGCACAGAUGGCCCCGUCAAGUUCGCUGCACUAUACGUAACUCAACCAAAUAAUUACGUUAACACUGGCUACACAAUAUGGGUCGAAUUUAUUUCUACCGCUGUUCUCACCUUAAUUGCCUUCAAUCUGACCGACGCCAACAACAACCACAUUAUUCCCAGCCCGAUGAUAAUUCCACCUCUAAUAGGCUUAAUGAUCUUCUUGAUAAUUAUCGGCGUUGGAUAUCAAGGGGUUUCGAUAAGUCCGGCUCG